CAGCACAGCAGCUCCUCACACUCGGACUCUUAAGACAAGACAAAAAACGACAAGACAAGAAACUACAAGACACGACAAGACAAAACAUCCAUAGUGACCAUACUUCUGCUGGAAGCAAGGCAGAAUCAAACACACAGAUAUGAAUCUCCUAAUAUCCAUUGUGGUUCUGGGCUUGUGCCACACACUCAACUACCCAACUGCGUCUGGAUCUGUAGAGGAGGGUCUGGGACGACCUUUUAUCUUGGACUCCAUUGAUGAGGCUAAAAAGCUUGUGGACGAAGCGUAUUUAUACUCUCGGCAGGAGAGUCUGGCCAGAGUGCGUAAGGACACGUACAUCAAGCCGUCUGAUAAACUGCGUCUGUUGAAGCAGCCCUCACGCAAAACCCGCAGUGCUGUAAGAGCUGCAGAUUACCUGGAGCAAACUCUCAGAAUCAUCGCUGAUAAAACACGCCACGCCCACAAGAGAUCCAUCAACGCUACAGAACUGAUUUCUCCUAAUGAGCUUCGCAUGAUCGAGCGUCUGACUGGCUGUGCUGCUCAAGUCCAGCCCCCUUCCUGCAGGACCACUCCCAACGUUAACAAGUACCGCACCGCCAACAGCGUCUGCAACAACCGGAAGAACCCGCUUCUCGGUGCAGCGAACACGCCCUUAGCUAGCUGGCUUCCUACUAUUUAUGAAGACGGGAUCUCGCAGCCUGUAGGAUGGAACCCAGGCAGACUCCACAACGGGGUCUCCCUCCCUCUGGUGAGGCUGGUGUCGAACCAGAUUUUGAGCAUGCAGGAUGCUGAUGCAAAGGGCGACAGUGAGUACACACACCUGGUCACCUUUUUCGGCCAAUGGAACGACCACGAUCUGUCCUUCACUCCCUUCUCACCCAGCAUCCGGUCCUUCAGCAGCGGCAUUGACUGUGACGCCAGCUGUGAACAGUCUGAACCCUGCUUCCCCAUCCGGAUUCCUAAUGGAGACCCACGCAUCUCCAGAAACAGCUGCAUCCCUGUGUUCCGCUCUGCUCCCACCUGUGGUUCUGGAAACACCGCCUUCAUGUUCGGUGGCACUCCCAACGUGAGGCAGCAGAUCAACUCCCUGACAGCCUUCCUGGACGUGGGUCAGCUGUACGGCUCUGAUCAAGGUCUUGCACGAGAACUUCGGGAUCUUUCCAACGAUAAAGGACGUCUGCUGGUGAACGACCGCUUCCAGGACAACGGCCGAGACCUGCUGCCCUUCACCAAAGUGGCCAGCAACAUGUGCUCCACACGCAAUCGCAUCCUCAACACCACGGGCCUGCCUGAAGUUCCAUGCUUUAUUGCAGGUGAUGUUCGUGUGGAUGAGAACAUUGCCCUCACCUCGCUGCACACGCUGUUUAUGAGGGAACACAAUCGCCUGGCUGACAUCCUGAGAGUCCUCAACCCCCACUGGAGCAGUGAAACCCUUUACCAGGAGGCUCGCAAAAUCAUGGGGGCCUACCACCAGAUUAUAGUUAUCAGGGAUUACCUGCCGCACAUCGUGGGUCCUGAUGCCAUAAAGAAGCUGCUCGGCCCAUAUCCCGGCUACAACCCCAACAUUGACCCCAGCAUCGCUAACGUUUUCGCCACCGCUGCUUACCGAUUCGCCCACGUUACCAUCCAGCCCCUCGUCUUCCGCGUGGAUGAAAACUUUGAGAACCACCCAAAGUUCCCCAGCGUCCCUCUGUAUGAGGCCUUUUUCUCACCCUGGAGAGUCGUGUUUGAAGGUGGAAUUGACCCUCUGAUCCGUGGUCUGAUUAGCCGCCCAGCUAAACUGAACCAGCAGAACCACAUGCUGGUGAACGCUCUGAGAGAGAGACUGUUUGCCUUCACCAGCCACAUCGCCCUGGACCUGGCGUCCCUCAACAUGCAGAGGAGCCGCGACCAUGGUCUGCAAGGUUACACUGCAUGGAGGAAGUUUUGUAACCUCAGCGAACCUCGCAACCAAGCCGAGCUGGCCACAGUGUUGAAUAACACAGAUCUAGCACGCAGACUUCUCGAGCACUACAAAACUCCCGCCAACAUCGACGUCUGGCUGGCGGGAAUAGCCGAACCUUUCGUCCCCGGAGGCCGAGUCGGACCCCUCUUCUCCUGCCUCAUCGGGACCCAGUUCCAGAAGAUCCGGCUAGGAGACAGGCUGUGGUGGGAGAAUCGUGGAGUUUUCACCAAGAGACAGAGAGACUCUCUGAUCACCAUGUCUCUGGCUCGCAUCAUCUGUGACAACACCGGCUUAAAGAAGGUUCCAGCUGAUCCGUUCCGCCUGAAGGCCAACAAAGCAGAGUUUGUGGAGUGCUCCAGCAUCGCCGAGAUCGACUUCACUCCCUGGAUUGAUUCUGAUUCUGACGGAGAACUUUUACCCGGACCUCCAGGACCUCGAGGACCAGCUGGAGAACAAGGUCCCCGGGGCUCACAGGGGAUAAACGGACCCCCCGGACCCCCCGGACCCCCUGGCCCCGGCUCCAACAGCACAGCACAGAAAUCUGCCUUUUCUAUGAAGCUCGGCUCCGCCUCCUUGCUGCCCAUCAAAAAGUUAAUUUUCCGUGAAGCAGUUUUCAACAGCUUUAAUGACUACAGCACUCAGACCGGCGAGUUCACCUGCAGAGUGCCCGGCCUCUACGAGUUCGUCUUCUCUCUGAGCAGCCCUCGCAGUGCCGGCAUCGUCUCGCUGAUGUGCAACAGCACCGCGGUCCUGAGCAGCGUCCCGUCCUCCCAGAGCCCGGGCAGGAUAACCUACAGCGGGCAGACGAUCCUUUGGUUACCGCAGGGCACUCGAGUGAGCCUGGAGGCCAGUCUAAGCAGCAGGGGUCUGUCCUCGGAAAGCUCCUUUAACGGACAUAUGCUUUUUACUGCCUGAACGCUCGUCUUCUUAACGCUUACAAGCUGCUCUUACCAAAAGUAUACUAAAAAUAGUCAUUUUAUAUUUUUAAGUAAUAUAGCUCUGGAAAAAAUUAAGAAACCACUUUAAUUUCUGAAUCAGUUUUUGUUGUUUUAUACUAUAAACAAUAGACAACAUUUCUCCCAAAUUCCAAAUAAAAAUUUCGUCAUUUAGAGAAUUUAUUUGCAGAAAAUGAGAAAUGGCUGAAAUAACAAAAAGAUGCAGAGCUUUCAGACCUCAAAUAACGCAAAGAAAACAAGUUCAUAUUCAUUCAAGUUUUAAUAGCUCAGAAAUUAAUAAUUGGUGGAAUGAUCACAGUUUAAAAAUCUCAUGCAUCUCGGCAUGUUCUCCUCCACUAGUCUUACACACUGCUUUUGGAUAACUUUAUGCAGUUCAGUUUGGUUUGAUGGCUUGUGAUUAUCAUCCACCUUCCUCUUGAUUAUAUUCUAGAGGUUUUCAAUUAGGUAAAAUCCAUGAAACUCAUCAUAUUUAAGUGGUCUCAUUUUUUUUCAGAGCUGUUUAAUACAGUAAGCAUUUACACACAUUCAGCCUGCCACAGUUUAGCCCCGCCCUCUAUUAGGUUAGGAAGGACUUUUGGCCAGUCUGGACUGUAUUGAAUGAGGCACAAUACAGGUAUAAGCCAGUGAGUACAGCACUAAAAAGUUUAAAUUAAGUAUUAAAUAAAAUACAUAGAAAGCUUUAGAACAUUCUAAUAAAUACCAAAUAAACUCAAGUUUGGAUAUAUUGUACUGUAGAAAUGUUAUGAUGUACUUUUAAUGUGAGAUAUACAGUACUUAGCUUUAGGCAUAGAACUGGAGUCUCCUAGUAAAACUUUUAUUCAUGUUUUAGCCCCGCCCACAUGUACAGUAUGUUAGGAGGAGUGUGUAAGUCUGGACUGUUUUGAAAGAGGUUUAAUCCAGGAAAGCCAAUGAGAACAGGACUAGUUUAAAAUUAGUAUUAAAUACACAAAAGCAUUAAAACAUCCUCAUAAAUAGCAGAUAAAAAAUAACUGUAAAAAUAGUUUUUACAGAAAGACUCUGGAGGCCAGCAUGCAAAAAAAUACUAAUUUAAAUGUUGAAAAAAUUGUAACAGUGUAAAAGAAAAAUUUAAACAUUUUUUUUAGUUUUUGGGAUAUGAGACCAAAUUAUUGGCGCUGGGUGUUUAAGAAACAUACUUUUAAUGUGAGAUGUUUUUAGCAUUAGGCGUAGAAUAAGAGUCUCCUAGUAAGACUUUUACUUAACGUUUAAGCCCUGCCCACGAUUAUGUUAGAAGGAGUGUGUUAGUCUGGAUAAAUAUUAAAUAUAUAAAGGAAUUAACCAGCAUUUUCAAUUCCAGAUAAAAACAGGUUAGAAGAUACUGUACUGUAGAAAGGUACUGAUGUACUGUAGAAAUGCAAUAUAUGACUGUGAAAAAUAGUUCAGCCAGAAAUACUCUUUAGACAGGCGUGCAAUAAAAAUACGAAUUUAAUCUUAAUCUUAAAUAUAUAUAUAACAAUUCAAAAUAUAACUUAAUUAUUCAAUUAUUUUAAGUAAUUGUUGUGGUCUUGGGUUAUGGGACCAAAUUAUCGGUUCUGGGUACGUACAUUAGCCUUUUUAAUGUCUUUUUUAAUGAGGUACAUAGAAAUGGAGUGUCCUAGUAGAACUUUUUUCACUUUUUGACAUUAAAACAAAUGGUCAAACGCCAGAGGGGCAAAGAAUGAAAGACUGUAAUGAAGUGCAAAGAAUGAGACUGUAAAAAAUGUAAUGAAUUGCAUUACUCAUUAAUUAUUUUAAUAAUUUAGCAAAACAAUAAGAAUAAAAAUGGUUGUAAAUGGUUAAAGAGUAUAAAAGAGUUAAACCGCAGCCAUAGUCAGCUCCACUGUUCAAUCUACAGUAACGCCAGUCUGGUUUCCUCUCUAUGCACUGAGGAAUAAGUUGAGGAAUACUGGAUUAAAUCAGGAAUACUGGAUUUAUUGUACAGCGCUGUUAUCAGCUGCUUCUGUUACAGGUGUGUAACUGUGUAAUUGUGUAAGCUUUUGUCAGUCUGAUAGAAUAAGAAUAAAUGUUUUACAUUUUUUAAAUGUAAUGAAUUUUGCCAUUGCAAUUUGAAGCCUGUUUGCUUUAUAUAUAUAUAUAUAUAUAUAUAAUCAUAGCACCUUUGAUAUAUAAUGUUUUUCAGGCCUUUUGAUAUUUUACAAAAAUGCAAAAUGCAAAUAUAUUGCAUUGCUUUUGAUGUCUGAUUUCUUGAUUGUGUGAAAGAUGCUUGUGCUGAUUGAUGUGUGAUGUUGCUGUGAUGUAUCUCAGUUUACACAAGAAAAUGUUAAUAAAGAAAGUGCAUACCUCAA